ACGUAUAUUAUAAAAGUCUCCUUCAGUACUACACUCUUCAACCUCUAACUCUUACAAGUAUAAACCAUAAAUGAAAACUCCUCCGCCGCAGUCGUCGGAGACGAAGGCCUACACACUAACCACCUCUUCAGUCUCCUACACCCAACCAAAGACCUCUCUCUCUCUCCUUCGCUUAGCCGCCACUGAGCCACCUUCCUUUAUCCUCCGCAACAUCACUCUCACCGCUCAUCCCUCCGAGAUCCUCGCCGUCGUUGGCCCUUCCGGCGCCGGAAAAUCAACUCUCCUAGACAUUCUUGCCUCUAAAACCUCCCCAACCUCCGGCUCAAUCCUCUUAAACUCGGUUCCCAUAAACCCUUCCUCUUACCGCAAAAUCUCCUCUUACGUUCCUCAGCACGACUCUUUUUUCCCUCUCCUCACCGUCUCCGAAACCUUCUCCUUCGCCGCACGUCUCUUGCUCCCAAACCCAUCAGAUGUCCCUCAAACCGUAACCUCUCUUCUCUCAGAACUUAACCUAACACACCUCUCCAACACAAGACUCGCUCAGGGCUUGUCCGGUGGAGAAAGAAGAAGGGUGUCUAUAGGUUUAACCCUACUUCACGACCCUUGCUUUCUACUCCUCGACGAACCCACUUCCGGUUUAGACAGUAAAUCUGCUUUUGAUGUCGUUAACAUCCUCAAAUCCAUAGCUGUGUCAAGACAACGGACCGUGGUCUUGUCCAUUCACCAACCUAGCUUCAAGAUUCUCUCUAUCAUUGAUCGACUCUUACUUCUUUCACAAGGAACUGUUGCGUACCAUGGAAGGCUCGACUCUCUAGAAGGUUUCUUGCUAUCCAAGGGAUUUACCGUCCCUCCUCAGCUUAACUCUCUCGAAUACGCCAUGGAAGUACUUCAGCAACUCCGUGAAUCCGAUGGAAACACCGAUGUUAUCGCUCUCCAUUCGAUCGAAAACCAAAAAGAGAGACAAGAACAAAGUAUAGUUCGAUAUAGAAAAUCAAGAAUCACGGAGAUAUGCCUUCUUUCGUUAAGAUUCUGGAAGAUCAUAUACAGGACAAGACAGCUGCUUCUGACCAAUGCAUUAGAAGCACUUGUAGUUGGUCUUGUCUUAGGAACUAUAUACAUCAACAUCGGAAUAGGCAAAGAAGGUAUCGAGAAGAGGUUCGGUCUUUUCGCCUUCACACUCACGUUUCUCCUCUCUUCAACAACCGAAACCCUCCCUAUAUUCAUCAACGAGCGUCCUAUUCUUAUCAGAGAGACUUCAAGUGGUGUUUAUAGACUCUCCUCGCACAUUCUUGCCAACACACUCGUUUUCAUGCCUUAUUUGUUUGUUAUCUCAAUCAUUUACUCUGCUUCUGUCUAUUUCCUCGUCGGUCUCUGCCCUACUUGGCAAGCUUUUGGGUACUUCGUUCUAGUGAUAUGGGUCAUUGUCCUAAUGGCUAACUCUUUUGUUCUCUUUUUGAGCUCUCUUGCUCCAAACUACAUUGCGGGAACCUCUCUUGUGACGGUUCUUUUAGCGGCCUUCUUCUUGUUCUCCGGUUACUUCAUUUCCAAGGAGAGUCUACCCAAGUAUUGGCUUUUCAUGUACUUCAUCUCGAUGUAUAAGUAUGCGUUGGAUGCGCUUCUUAUAAACGAGUACUCGUGUUUGGCUUCCAAGUGUUUGGUCUGGUACGAGGAAGCUCAAGGGAAGGUAUGCUUGGUUAAUGGUGGUGACGUGUUGGAGAAGAAAGGGCUUCAUGAGAAACAUAGAUGGUUUAAUGUUUAUGUUCUGUUAGGGUUCUUCGUGCUUUAUCGUGUGUUGUGUUUUCUUGCUCUCCUUAGAAGGGUUUCAGGUUCCAAGAGGUAACCAUUUUUCUUUUGCUUAAUGACUUUUUGUUGUUGUUGUUGUUUGUAAAUUUAUUAUCUAUCCAUACUGAUCAUCAACC